GCGACGAUGGAGCACGAGGCGGCGGUCGCGGCUGCGGCGGGCAAAGACGGCUCGUCCACGCGCGCGCUGCCCGAGCGCCUCGCCUUCAACCUGGGCGCGCCCCUCUUCGCCAACAUGGGCGACGCCGACAAGGACUACACGGCUGCUGCGGAGGCGCUCCAGUCCGCCGGGCGCGCGCGGUUGCAGGAGCAGGAGAAGGCGUGGAACGCCCUCGCGGAGCGGGCCGAGCUGCGCGAAGAGGGCGCGGUCCCCCCGGCCAGCGCGAUGCUCAGGCAGACCGCCAAGAAGAGGAGGUCGACCGAAGGCGCGGCGGUGGGCGGAGAUGCCGAGGCAGCGUCUGUAGGCGCGGCGGCUGCGGCGGCCGCCAGCCCGGGCGCGGCCGAGUCGCCUGCGCCGGGCGCCCCCGUGGCCCCCGAGGCCGACGGCGCGGGCGCCGACGCGGGCGUGGAUUCCAGGGGGGCCGACGGUCCCGCGUCGGAGGCGCCCGUGCCCGAGCCGCCCCCUGAGCACAAGGCCCAGCACUUCGCGCGCAUCGAGUCCGCGCGGGAGAAGGCCGCCGAGGACCGCGCUGAGCAGCUCGCGGCCAAGUCCGGCGCCAUGGCU